AUGGCUGAGACUCCGAAGAAACUUUACGACUAUGACAUGACCACUUGGCUUCGAUGCUGUGAAACGGAGGUCGAGAAACCUUUGGAGGGAAAAAUUACUGGGACCGUUCCAUCUUGGCUAAGCGGCACCUUAAUCAGAAACGGACCGGGGACAAUAAAAAUUGGCUCAACCGAAUAUUCUCAUGUAUUCGAUGGAUCAGCCCUGUUACACAGAUUCGCCAUCAAGAACGGUAUAGUGACUUACCAAUGUCGCUUCCUGAACACUGAAACUUUGAAGAAAAACAAAAAAGCGAAUCGUAUAGUCAUAACUGAGUUCGGAACAACAUCUGUUCCAGACCCAUGUCAUACUAUCUUUGACAGAAUAUCGUCAAUCUUCGACCCAAUGUCGUUUAUCACAGACAACGCCGGCGUGUCUGUGUAUCCGUUUGGUGAUCAAGUGUAUGCCAUGACUGAAGUACCGACAGUCUUCAAAAUAGAUCCAGAAUCUCUCGAGACGUUGGAAAGGAAAUCAUUAAUAAACAAAUUAGUCGUUAUCCACACCGCCCAUCCUCACAUCAUGCCAAACGGUGAUAUGUAUAACAUUGGUGUGCAAUUGGUUAGAGGACGUUUAAAACACGUAAUUGUACGGUUCCCUUACACCGUAAAAGGAGAUAUGUUCGACGCUGCUGAAGUUGUGACUGCUGUAGAACCACGGUGGCAUUUCUCCCCCACUUACAUGCACUCGUUUGGUAUUACAGAAAAUUACUUCGUGAUAAUUGAGCAGCCCUUCGCUCUUUCCACUCUAAAUAUAGUAAGGAAUAUUGUAAUUAAUAAACCAUUUUCGUCUACCUUGGCUUGGUAUCCUGAAUAUGAGACUCAAAUCCUGCUGGUCAAUCGCCGAACGGGUGAGGAGAAGCGUUACCGUACAGACACGUUUUUCUUCAUGCACGUUGUGAAUUCAUACGAAAUUAGUGGGAAACUCAUCAUAGAUGUGUGUGCUUACAAAGAUGCAAAGAUCAUUGACGCUAUGUACGUAGAUGCUAUAAAGAAUAAGGAAAGAUAUCCCGACUAUAAGCAAUGGAAUCAGUGCCGUCCUAAGAGAUAUGAAAUCCCUCUCGAUGCACCGUCACAUACAAAAAUUGAUGCUCUGUUACUGGCGGAUAUAGGCAUUGAAGCGCCUCGGAUAAAUUAUGAUUUGUAUAAUGGAAAACCGUACAGGUAUUUUUACGGAAUAGGAGCCGGAAUCGGUUCGGAAUACGCACGCUCGAUAAUCAAAGUAGAUAUACUAACAGGCGAUUUGAAGACUUGGCGCGAACCUGAUGGAAACCCUAGCGAGCCUAUUUUCGUUCCCACUCCUGAUUCUAAGGAUGAAGAUGACGGUGUAUUGCUAAGUGCAAUAUUAUGGAGUGAUAAAGACAAUGCAGUGUCACUUGUGAUAUUAAAUGCUCGAGAUCUACAAGAGAUAUCCCGAGCUGACUUCACAACCCCAUCACAAGUUCCCAACUGCUUCCACGGCUGGUAUUUCCCUGAUUCCAUGUGAAUAUAAUUAACUUUUUAUGAUGUAGUAGGGCAUCAAUUAUCUAUAAAGAGUAAUGUCGAUUACUUGAUUUUUAGUAUACCAUUGUAAAUAUAGAAAAAAUAGAAAAAUAUACUUUUUACAUA